CUAGUCAUCACCUUACACCAAUCAAAAAUCCUCCACUAGCGGCUCCUUAUUUCCAUUUUUAUAACAUCUUCAACUAAUGUUCUUCUUUUUAGUUCUUCUCUUAAAUUUCAAUCUUCUUCAUUAAUCUUCUGUAUUUCCAAGAUUGAAAAACUAUGGCCAUGAUCAAGAUCAAGAACCCAGUUUUUCUUUUACUAUACUUUAAUUCUCUUCUCUAUCUAGUUCAUGCAGCUAACAACACAAUCUCAAAAGGCCAAUUAAUACCUGAUGGUCAGCCUAUAUUUUCAGAAAAUAAUAACUUUGCAAUGGGAUUCUUCGGCCCGGAAAAUUCUAGUUUAAGAUACGUUGGUAUAUGGUAUAACAGGAUUCAAGAUCGUUCGGUAAUCUGGGUGGCGAACCGACAAGCCCCCCUUCGCGACAGAAACGGAGUUUUAACUGUCGGAAACAACGGAAAUUUGAUUGUCAGAGAUGGAAAUGGAGCUGUAGUUUGGUCAAGUAAUGUCUUGGAGCUCUCGUCGAAUAAUACGCAGGCGAAUCUUGAAGAUACGGGCAAUGUUUUAUUGUCGGAAGCUGAUGAUAUACAGAGAGUAUACUGGAAAAGCUUUGAUCAUCCGACGGAUACUUUCUUGCCAAGUAUGAGAGUUCUUGCAACUGCAACGUCCGGAGAGAAUAAAGCUUUCGUUUCUUGGAAAUCCGCCACUGAUCCGUCUCCUGGAAACUAUACGAUGGGGGUGGAUCCCCGCGCUGCGCCGCAGAUAGUUAUAUGGGAGGGUGACAGGAGAAGAUGGAGAAGUGGUUAUUGGGAUGGAACAAUUUUUACAGGAGUGACUUAUAUGUCAGGUUUAACUAAUUUUGUAUACGGAUUCAAAACUGAAUUUGAUAAUGGAGAGGUUUAUAUUACUUAUAAUCCGUUGAAUGAUUCUGAUUUCAUGAAGUUUCAGAUAAGCUGGGAUGGAUUUGAGAAGCAGUUGCAAUGGAAUGAGAGUGAAAAACAGUGGGAUUCUAUUCAACAGCAGCCUGCUAAUGACUGUGAACUCUACAAUUUCUGUGGAGAUUUCGCGAUUUGCAGCGAGUCUAGUCGGCCUAGAUGUCGGUGUAUGGAAGGGUUUCACCCUGUAAAUGGUGAUCAAUGGAACAUGGAUAUUUGGUCAGGUGGUUGUAUGAGGAAUAAUCCGUUGCAGUGUCAGAGGAAUGACAGUUCAGGUGGUGCAGAGGAUAGAUUUAAAGAGAUGUCUUGUAAUAAAUUACCUGAUUUUGCCGAUUUAAUAGAUCGCCGUCAAAUUUCGGGAAGCUGUGAGGAAAUUUGUUUGAGAAAUUGUUCGUGUAAAGGUUAUGCAGAUGUUGACAAUAUUGGAUGCAUGAUAUGGUAUGAGAAUUUGAUUGAUAUUCAAGAUUUUGGCAAACCUGGAAUUGUUAUGCAUCUACGACUUGCGGAUUCCGAAUUCGAUGAAAGUAAGCUAUCCAGAACUGUGAUAGCACUAAUUGCUGUUGGUGGAGCUGUCUUUCUAGCUCUAUUAGCAGGUUUACUCUGGUUUUUGAAAAGAAAAUUCCAAGCUCGGCCAGCGGCUGCGUCGGCUUCACUGAAUACAAAGAGUGAAGUACCAUUUUCUGACAUGAGCAAGAGCAAAGGAUAUUCAUCAGAGAUAUCUGGACCAGCUGAUCUUGUUAUUGAGGGUAGCCAAGUUAAUGGUCCUGAUUUACCAUUAUUCAGUUUCAGUUAUGUAGCAGCAGCUACUGAUAACUUUUCUGAAGAACUUGGACAAGGAGGGUUUGGUCAUGUCUACAAGGGAAAGCUUCCUACCGGAGAGGAUAUAGCUGUGAAGAGGCUUUCGAAAAUCUCAGGCCAGGGAUUAGAAGAGUUCAAGAAUGAAAUUAUAUUGAUUGCAAAAUUACAACACAGAAAUCUUGUUAGAUUAUUAGGCUGUUGCAUUCAUGGAGAAGAGAAAUUGCUCUUAUAUGAAUACAUGCCAAACAAAAGCUUGGAUUUCAUUCUUUUUGACCCUGCGAAACAAGCGAUAUUAGACUGGAAGACAAGGUUUGCCAUUAUUGAAGGGAUUGCUAGAGGUCUUCUUUAUCUUCACAGAGAUUCAAGACUCCGAAUCAUUCAUCGGGACUUAAAGGCGAGCAACAUUUUGUUAGAUGAGGAAAUGACUCCAAAGAUUUCAGAUUUCGGCAUGGCCAGAAUAUUUGGAGGAAAUCAAAAUGAAUUAAACACAAACCGAGUUGUCGGUACAUAUGGAUAUAUGUCGCCUGAAUAUGCAAUGGAAGGUCUGUUUUCAGUCAAAUCAGAUGUGUACAGCUUCGGAGUGUUACUUUUAGAGAUCAUUAGUGGCAGAAGAAACACCAGCUUUCGCCAAUCCGAUCACGCCAGUCUAAUUGCUUACGCAUGGGAUCUUUGGAAUGAAGAUAAAGCAAUAGAUCUACUCGAUCCGUCGAUCCGAGAGUCAUGCAACCGAAACGAGGUACUAAGAUGCAUAAACGUAGGAAUGUUAUGUGUGCAAGAUUCUGCAGUUCAAAGACCAACAAUGUCACAUGUUGUCCUAAUGCUCGAAAGCAAUAAUACGAGCCAAAACCUGCCGUUGCCGAGACAACCUACGUAUACUUCAAUGAGAGCUUCCAUAGAUACAUCGGAAAUCUACCUUGACGGUCAAGAAAUUCAAGAAUUUCCCAGCAAGGCAUUGACAUGGGGAUGAGUUCAAGAUCAGAUUCAGUAAUUCUCGAGGCAGAUUGUGUGAAAAGAUGGGAUUUUAAGAAAAGUUGGACGGAAAAUCCGGAUAGUGGCAUUUUCGUAAUUCUGUUUAAAUUUGACGUGUGCCAAUUAUGCGAUUUUUGACUAUAAUUUAAUUUAAAAAGAGUCAAUAAUAGGCUAUCAUUUGUUAAUUCCAUCAAAUUAAGCCCAAAAAGCGCAUAAUUUGCACACGUCAAACUUGGACAGAAUUACAAAAAUGCCACGAUAUAGAUUUUCAAUCUAAUUCUUUUAUAAAGUUCAAAUUAGCGCGUCACACCUUCAUUAUAUUUGAUCUGACAAGUUACUAUUUGUUGAUUAGUUGAGGGAAAGAAUUGUAAUUUAUGUGAAGCAUUUCAAUUUGUUUGUCAAUAUUCACCAAAUUAAAAUAUGUUUUAUUUGUUAAAAAAAGGUUUGGAAUCUUGUUUGUACAAAAGAAUAGGACGAAUGGCAAGUAGUUAUGGAUGGAUUUAAGGAAAUUGAUCAACUGAUUAAGCAUAAA